GCCAUGACGGGAACUCCUGAAAUAACUCUUUUGAUGGCUAUGUAUUUUAAUUUCCAAGAUUUUAAUAUUUUUAAGCCAUGCUGCAGUGGGAGUGUGUGUAUGUGUGUGCAUGUGUGUGAAUUAGUGUAUCAUUUCAGCAGGACAGUCUAUGGUGAAGUAUUAGAAUUGCUGGGUCACCAGGAAUGCAUGUUAUUUUUUUAAAAUUGCCAUUUUUUCUUUUAGUCUUCAUCAUUAUUGAGUAUAGUCAAUCAUGUAACUUUUAUCAGUCAAAUAAAUGAAAAUAUUUCAAAUGCAUGAUUUCUUAAUUACUAGUGAAAUAACAUUUUCACAUAUUGCUUAUACAUUUCUCUCAUGACUUUUUCAUUCCAUCUGCCCAUCUUUAUUCAACUUUGUAUCGCUUUCUUACUAUUCUGCAAAUGUGCUGUAUAGUUUAGACAGAAUUAAUAUUAGAUCUGUUGCAUAUGAUGCAAACUCUUUUCCUUUUUUUGUUUUUACUUGUUGAAGGGAUUGUUAAGGUACUAACUAACUCAACAUUUUAAAAAUAUUUUACUUUAAAAUAAUUUCAGGAUUUCAAAAAAAUGAAAAAAUAAUACAUAGAAUUUUUUCGUAUCUUUUACCCUUUUCCUCCGCUAUUAAGACCUUAUAUAAUUGCAGUAGUUAUCAAGGCCCGGAAAUUAACAUGGUUAUAAUACUGUAUCGUAUAAUCUACAGAUCUUAUUCACGUUUCGCCAGUGCCUUUCUUCUGGUCCAAGAUCCCAUCCAGGAUCACACACUGCAUUUUUUUUUGUCAUAUCUUUUAGUCCUUUAAAAUCUGAAACAGUCUCUCAGUCUUUCUCUCUCUUUCAUCAUCUCCAUACUUUUUAAGGAUACCAGUUGUCCUGUAGAAAAUCCCUCAAUUUGGCGUUUAUCUGAUACUUCUUUAUGUGUAUAUGAUUGAGUGUGACUUAGUCUGGAAGUGUCAAAAAUAUCUGCCUGAGGGAGAGAUGCUUAAACUAACACUGGAAGGAUCCAGAGGAAGUAGAGGGUGAAAGAUGACAGUGGGGUCCAUUCGCAUAGACCAUCUCAGCACCUGAAAGAUGCUUUUUAUCCUCCCACAUUCUUUUAACCACUCUCAGUCCUGGGGUACCUCAAGCACAGCUGCAUACUUGCCUCCUCUCUGAAUCACCAAUACCACUACUCUAUGUAAGUUUAUCCAUCACUGCCACACUUUUUUUCAGUUUUAUUGAGGUGUAAUUAACAAAGCCUAUUUCAAUUUAAUGAGUACGUACUAAGUGCCUAGUUUCAGCAGGUCACCUUAUUGGGCAGAGUUGAGAAUUAAACAAGAAGCUAAGCAAAAUUGAAGAGACUCCGGGCCAUUUUGCCUGAUGGUAAAAAGAAACUGUAUCCUUGUCAUACUCCUUACAUAAAGAUAAAUUCCACACAGAUCAAAGAUACUUAUCCAAAAAUAAGUAACCAUAAAAUUAGUAAAGAGAAAAGAUUGAUAGCCAUAUUUUUUUGAAGUUUUUAUCAUCAGUGGUUUGAAGACCCUUUAAAGAAUGAUGAGAAACUCAGCUAUCAUAAAAUAUAUUUGAAAGCCUAAUUUUUUAAAUAUUGUACAAAAAUUAAAUAACCUUUAACUCCAAACUCCAACUAAAUGAAUAAAUAGAGCAUGAAGGAUAGAAAUAGAAAAUCCACCAUUUUCAAACACUACAGUAAUAAUUUCGUCAGGAAAGAAUCAUCUUUGGCUGCUAAAUGAAUGGGCAAAACUGUAUUUGCAUAUUGUCAAAGUAACGCCCUAUAGAUACUUUGUAAUUACAAAAGGCAAAAUAGUAUCUUUUACAGGGGAAAACCUGACAGACAUAACUUAAAUAAGAGAUCAAAGUCAACAGCACAGAUAACAGGGUGGAUCCCUGUCUCCGGGUCCACUGAGGAGGACACACCAUCACUUCUGAGAUGAAGUGAUUGAGAAGAAACAGUAAACGCCUUCAUUCUGUGACCAGGGCGACAUGGAUCAGCCAUUCACUGUGAAUGCUCUGAGAAAGUUAGCCGCCAUGCCUGACCAUACAGACGUUUCCCUCAGCCCGGAAGAGCGAGUCCGCGCCCUCAGCAAGCUGGGUUGUAAUAUUACCAUCAACGAAGACAUCACUCCGCGGCGCUACUUUCGAUCCGGAGUAGAAAUGGAGAGGAUGGCCUCGGUGUAUUUGGAAGAAGGAAACUUGGAAAAUGCCUUUGUUCUUUAUAAUAAAUUUAUAACUUUGUUUGUAGAAAAGCUUCCCAGCCAUCGAGAUUACCAGCAAUGUGCGGUACCCGAAAAGCAGGACAUUAUGAAGAAACUGAAGGAGAUUGCAUUCCCAAGGACAGAUGAAUUGAAAAAGGACCUUUUAAAGAAAUAUAACAUACAAUACCAAGAAUAUUUGCAAAGCAAAAACAAAUAUAAAGCUGAAGUUCUCAAAAAACUGGAGCAUCAGAGAUUGAUAGAGGCGGAAAGGAAGCGGGUCGCUCAGAUGCGCCAGCAGCAGCUGGAAUCGGAACAGUUUUUGUUUUUUGAAGAUCAGCUCAAGAAGCAAGAAUUAGCCCGGGGUCAGAUGCGAAGCCAGGAAACCCCAGCACUGUCGGAGCAGACUGAUGGGAGUGCUUUGUCCUGCUUCUCCACUCACCAGAACAAUUCCUUGCUGGAUGUAUUUGCAGAUCAGCCUAAUAAAAGUGAUGCAACCAAUUAUGCUGGCCACUCUCCUCCGGUAAACAGGGCCUUAAAACCAGCUGCUACUCUAAGUGCUGGUCAGAAUUUAGUGGUGGAAGGACUGCGAUAUGUAGUUUUAUCAAGAGAUCUUUGCCACAGAUUUCUGCUACUGGCAGAAUCUAAUACAGUGAGAGGAAUAGAAACCUGUGGAAUUCUCUGUGGAAAACUGACGCAUAAUGAAUUUACUAUUACCCACUUAAUUGUGCCAAAGCAGUCUGCGGGACCAGACUAUUGUGACGUGGAGAAUGUAGAGGAAUUAUUCAGUGUUCAGGAUCAACACGAUCUCCUCACUCUAGGAUGGAUCCACACACAUCCGACCCAGACUGCAUUCUUAUCCAGUGUUGACCUCCACACUCACUGUUCCUAUCAGCUUAUGUUGCCAGAAGCGAUUGCCAUUGUUUGUUCACCAAAGCAUAAAGACACUGGCAUCUUCAGGCUCACAGACGCUGGCAUGCUUGAGGUUUCUGCGUGUAAAAAGAAGGGCUUUCAUCCACAUACCAAGGAUCCCAGGCUGUUCAGUAUCUGCAAACAUGUGUUGGUAAAAGACAUAAAAAUAAUCGUGCUGGAUCUGAGGUGAUAACGCCCAACGACUAGCACCGUCAGUGCCAGACACUUAAACCCAUGGACCCGUGGUUGCUGGAUUUUCUUAAGAUGUUUCCAGAAAUGACUGAUAUUUUAUAUUUAUACAUUUUAGAUCAGAAAGUUUGAUAUUUAUUACUUUUGCACAUUUUGAAGCUUUCUUUUUGGGUUGCUCUGUCUCAAGAGAGGUCACGAUGGUGUUAGAUCAGUACCUAUUAAUGUACCCAAAUCCUAUGAGCAGAUAAUAAAUUGUGCUGCAAACAACAA